AUACCACCGUAUACACCCCUCCACACCCUUCUCCCACCCACAGAGAGAGAGACGCAUUAGAAAAGACGAAAUCGGUGCGAGCGACAGAUUGAAAGAUGAAGGUUUUUGUGAAAACAUUGAAGGGGACUCACUUCGAAAUCGAAGUAAAACCUGAAGACACGGUCGCUGACGUGAAGAAAAAUAUAGAAACUGUUCAGGGACCAGAUGUUUAUCCCGCUGCACAGCAAAUGCUUAUCCAUCAGGGUAAAGUGCUCAAAGACACCACCACCUUGGAGGAGAAUAAAGUUGCUGAAAGUUCUUUUAUCGUCAUCAUGUUAUCUAAGACUAAGGCCCCCUCUGGUGAAGCUUCGACAGCAGCUACUGCCCCAAAGGCUCCUCAGACAAGCGCAGCUCCUGUUGCACCACCGGCCACUCAGGCUCCUUCUCCAGCUGUUGUGACACAACCUCCAUCUGUUCCUCCAGCUAUUCCAGUUUCAGAUCCAGCAUCUGCUGUGAAUGUUCCGUCAGAGAAUGUAUAUGAUCAAGCAGCGUCAAAUCUGGUUGCAGGAAGUAAUUUGGAGGGUACGAUCCAGCAUCUUCUUGAUAUGGGUGGAGGGAUUUGGGACAGGGAUACAGUUGUUCGUGCUCUUCGUGCUGCUUUCAACAAUCCAGAAAGAGCUGUCGAAUAUCUGUAUUCUGGUAUUCCAGAGCCAGCUGAGCUUCCUCCGGCAGCGGGAGCUUCGCCAGUGCCAGGUGUGCAGGCUGUAAACCCCACUUCUCAGCCCCCACAAGCUACACAACCAGCAGCCAUUCCUUCAAGUGGACCAAAUGCAAACCCCUUAGAUCUCUUUCCUCAGGGUCUUCCUGAUAUGGGCGCAAAUGCUCCUGGCGGUGCUGCAGGCAAUCUGGAUUUCCUCCGUAACAGUCCACAGUUCCAAGCACUUAGAGCCAUGGUGCAGGCUAAUCCACAGAUUUUGCAGCCUAUGCUUCAAGAGUUGGGGAAGCAAAAUCCUCACCUGGUGAGACUGAUUCAAGAGCAUCAAGCUGAUUUUCUUCGCUUGAUCAAUGAACCUGUUGAAGGCGGAGAGAAUGUACUUGGAGAUCUUGCUGCAGCAAUGCCACAAGCUGUGACGGUUACACCUGAGGAACGUGAAGCAAUUGAACGUCUUGAAGCAAUGGGAUUCGAUAGAGCACUAGUAUUAGAGGUGUUUUUCGCUUGCAACAAGAACGAAGAGCUGGCAGCCAAUUACCUAUUAGAUCAUAUGCAUGAGUUUGAAGACUAGUAAUAGUAGAAGUUGUGGUUAUUUCUGGGUUCAAAGUCUUUUUUUAUUUCAUCUUGUGGAAAUAUGGGAAUUGAAAUGUAACCGGAAUCUCUCUCUUCCGUUUCUUAUUUAUUUGGACGUUUUGAGAUUU